AUGACGCUAUACUACACCUUGUGUUUCGCGCUCCUCAUGGCCGAGGUGGGCCUCUUCACAACCAUCAUCGCACCCAUGCCCUUCACCAUGCGCAAGCGCCUGAUGCACUUCUUGAGCGAGAACCCCAUCAUCGCCAAGAUCCAGUACGGCCUCAAAAUCACCUUCAUUUUCAUCGCGGUGCUCUUCGUUGACGCCCUCCAGCGCAUGGUCCGCAUUGCGCAGGAGGGCGCAAAGGCCAAGGCGCAGCCUGAUAUCACUGACGCGCGUACCGAGGUCACGUACGCCGCUCGCCGUUUCUACGCACAGCGUAACCUCUACCUCACUGGUGCGACUCUCUUCCUCUCGCUCAUCCUCUCGCGUGUCUUCUACAUCCUCCUCGACUUUAUCAACACUCAGGAGCAGCUGAACGCCCUCUCAUCCAAGACGGCCAAGGGAUCGCAGGCCGCCGGCGAGACCGAGGAGCUCCGCAAGCGUGUGCGCGAGCUCGAGGCGCAGCUCAAGACGUCUCAGGCCCAGGGGCGCGACUUUGACACGCUCAAGAAGCAGGCGUCCCAACAGGCCAACGAGUACAACCGUCUCGCUGACGAGCACAUUAAGGCUACCGGCGCCAAGUCGGACAAGAAAGCCGACUAA